AUGUAUGGUUUUGGAAACAUAUCAAGCAACAAUAUUCUUAUCUAUGACUUUUUCAUAUUCAAUAAUGAAUUCGAUAUGUUGGAAAUUCGUCUUUAUGAAUUAUAUGAUCAUGUUACGCUAUUUCUUAUUGCUGAAAGUAAUCAAACAUUCAGUGGAAAGUCAAAACCAUUGUAUUUGAAAGACAACUGGUCACGUUUUAGUCGGUAUCACAAUAAGAUACGUCGUGUCGAAGUCAACUUCAUGAUAUUAAAUCAAAAAACAACAGAUGCUUGGAGUAGAGAAAGAAGAAUGAGAGAUGAAGGCAUUCGAUUAGCUUUACCUCAUUCGACCAAAGACUACUUAUUGCUUACGUCAGAUCUAGAUGAAAUACCAAAAUCUCGUUUUGUUCAAGCGCUUGCUUCGUGUGAACUUCGGACUCCAUUUCAACCAAUGUUACUUCAAUGCGAUUUUUAUUAUUACUCAUUUGAAUUUCGUCAUGCUACUCGUCCGUAUUCAGAUGGUGGAACUGUGUCUAAAUUCAGUCCAAAUACAGCAGUACCAUCAGAUUUACGAAAAGCUCGUUUUCGUUAUCGUUCGAUGCCUAGUACCUGUUUUCAUUGUUCUUCUUGUUUUGAUCGUCUUGCAUCAGUUCGACUGAAAAUCGCUUCAUUUUCACAUACUGAAUUUGAUAUUCCUAAAUUUCGUGAUCAAAAUCAUAUUAUUGAUCGUUUUCGUAAUGGUAAAGAUCUAUUCGACAGAGUUGGUGAACGAUAUCGACGUACUUAUCCUCAUGAAACGGGUUUACCUAAGCUAUUACGAGUAGAACCUAAACGUUUUCUGUAUAUGCUGAAUAGAUCGUCGCCGAACGCUGGGUUUCGAGAUGUUUAG